UCGAGCUGACAGCCAUGGGGAAUACUAAAAAGGCAGUGUGACUUCAUCUUCGGGGAAUUUCGGGCUCUCCAUUAGUAGAUAGGAGAGCUGACGUCCAUCCCAUUAUACCAACUAGCAACAACUAGCGAGACCUGUCUUGUCCUUCGGCAGCCCAGCCAGCGAGUCAGACACCACUGCAUUCUCCUCACUUUUGUCGAGAGAGAGAUCAGCCCGAGCUAGGACGCCUCAGGGGCUGACUGGGAACAAGGACGUGCAGGAACGCAUCCCGCUCGUCUUCUGCAGUACCAAAGCUUCGCUCCGCUCGGAGAAACGCCGAAAGGGCUCGAAUAUACUUGUGCAAAGCUAGCCGCCGGCGUGGUAAUUCGUGUGUUGGCUUGUGCAGCGAUUUCCCGGUUGUCAAGAUUGCAGAACCGAGUGAAGUGCCGCGCAGCCUUUACCCCUGGCUGUGCAGCAAUGUGAGGAAAAGUGCUCGGAAGGCUAGCCCGCACCACCUUCCGUCUCCCUCCCACCCUCUCGUUCAGCAUCAACUACUAAUGUCUCUCUCCACCUCUCCUACUCAGCGCUCAACGGUCGCCUCUUCUCCCAGCGUUGCUCCACCGCUGCAACAGUCGCUCCGCGACCCCACACCAUCUUCUGCUAGCACUUCUCCACCUAAUGUCUCUUACAGAACAACCAGCAGCAGCACGAUACUUCUACCCCCAAACUCAUCCCGAGGAAUUGUGGGUAACGACAGGCUCGACCCCUCAAGAUUGAGCCUCAACAACGGAAUACACCACGGGGACUACAUAAUCGGACCCCUAGUCCAGCCAGUCAACGGUACCCCGGUGAAAAACAUCUCCGAGUACAUCGCCAAGAAAGAAGGGACGGACGAUUUCGUGGUUCUCAAAGUGCUAACUCUCGGCAACGGAGGCCCUGGUGACGGCGGUGACCAUGCCACCAACGACAAUCAGGGGAGGAUGCUCCUGUAUAACGAGCUCUCGGUGCUAUCUCUCCUACAAGAUCAACCCGGCGUCAUUCACCAACACGGUUUCUUCUGCGAGAGAAACUACGUUAUUUUAGUUCUCGAUUGCGUCGUGGGUCACAACUACGACAAUAAGGGUCACUAUAAGGACCUGGAGAACCUGCAACAUUACGUAAUCCGUCAGAAGAAGCUUGCCGAGGGAGAGGCGUUGGAGAUAUUCAGCAGUGCUCUCGCCACUGUGGAUGCCCUGCAUCAGAAAAACAUUGUUCACAGAGAUUUAAAACUCGGGAAUAUGGUCCUUAAUCGAAGGUACGUUUACAUACUUAGCUGGUAUUACGUGCAUAUGUAAGCUUGCUAAGUUCCACUGAGUGUGCAGUUGGUUAGAUAAUAAUAAAAACUACCUUGUUUUUAUUAGGAUGUUCCACUAUAGUAUAUAUGUGUAUACGAGAGUAGUAAAGUUUGCCUUACGAGUUUACAUUAAGGAUG